AAUACCUGCGAGGAGCUUUGUUUCAACUUGACGCUCUGCCCUGUUUCGAGCACCUCCAUCCGCCUACCUCCACAGUCUCAUGCUGGGAACGGCCUCUGAGGGGACUGCCGAGCGCGGGGACGCUGCAAAAUAUAUCCCAUAACGCAUUAAUGGAAGUUUAAGAAGAAUUGCAGUUGAAUAACAGAAGAUGGAAACCUCAUCUCUGCUGUCAUCACUACAUGAUGACUGCAAAUCGGACAGCUACCUUGAACCACACUACAAGGAAUGGUACAGGCUUGCUAUUGAUGCUUUAAUUGAAAGUGGUUUAGAGGCUUACCAAGAAUUUCUUGCCAAGGAGCGAUGCUCAGAUUUUCUGGCAGAUGAUGAGAUUAAUUAUAUACUGAACACUGUUCAGAAAAUCCCCCAAAACACAGUGUACGCCCCUGACAACACAGCUGAUGAUGCCUCUUCCUCGGGAACUUACUGGCCCAUGGAAUCGGAUGUGGAAGCUCCUAAUCUUGACUUGGGUUGGCCCUAUGUAAUGCCUGGAAUAUCUGGUGGUACAAAUAUUGAGCUGCUGUUCCAUCCCCCGCGAGUACAACCUUUUACAAUUAAGGAAACUGUUAGGAAGAUGAUAAAAGAAGCAAGAAAGGUUAUAGCCAUAGUUAUGGAUACAUUUACAGAUGUGGAUAUUUUCAAAGAAAUUGUAGAAGCUUCUACUAGAGGAAUCUCUGUAUAUCUCCUGCUAGAUGAAUCUAACUUCAGCCAUUUUUUCAAGAUGGCAGAGAAACAGGGCUGUCAAGUGCAAAGGCUCAGGAACAUGAGAGUGCGUACAGUAAAAGGACAAGAUUAUUUCUCCAAGUCAGGGGCAAAGUUUCAUGGAAAAAUGGAACAAAAGUUUCUUCUUGUUGACUGUAAGAAAGUCAUGUACGGUACUUACAGCUUUAUGUGGUCAUUCGAAAAAGCCAACCUCAGCAUGGUCCAGAUUAUUACAGGACAACUUGUCGAAUCUUUUGAUGAGGAAUUUAGGACACUCUAUGCCCGUUCUUCUGUCCCUAGUUCAUUUGCUCCAGAAUUAGUUAGAGUUAAUAGUCGGCGAGCUCUCUGGGACAAUGAUGCAUACCAGCGUUCACAAUCAUCCUUAGCUUCAAUUUCUAGCCAGCGUAAUCUUUUGGGGAGGCAAGACAAGAUUCACAACUUUGAUCCCAGUUUUCUGAAAACCCGAGGAAGAUAUGGAAUGAAUGACAUUGACAAAUUUGGUAACAGACACCAACUCUUUAAUAAAACUCAGUUUCUUCCAGGUUUUCAUAUGCAGAAUAGGAUCCAACAACUUCAGUCCAAUGAAGAGCACUGGAAAAGACACAGUUAUGCAGGGGAGAAACCCGAAAGGACUCCAUACCUGAUGCUCAAUAGAGCAAUUAACAGGACAAAAACCCCAUCAAACGCUUGGAAAGUACCCUCUGAUAGCCUCAGUAAUGUAUCUUCAUUGCAUGGAGGUCAUACAAACCAAAAUGUACCUCAACAGAGUUUAGCAGAUCGAUUUCCACAGUCGAAGCUCAAUUCUGUGGGAAGGAAUUCAAUUGUUCGGAGGUCUUUCAAUGGAACAGACAGUCACAUCCGCCAUCUACAGCAGAAAAUGCCUACACUUGAACAUACUACAAAAUCAUUUCUGCGUAACUGGCGGAUUGAAUCAUACUUAAAUGAUCAGUCAGAUUUUCCAGCAGAUUCUAACACUUCAGGGGUAGGUGACAGAUGUGAGAGUUAUGAUGCCGCCGAAAAUAUCAAAGCUCAUGCCCUUUAUGCCCAUUCUCGCCUGCGUUCUUCAUUUGUUUUUAAGCCUACGUUGCCAGAACAGAAAGAAGUAAACAGCUGUGCAAGUUCUUCUAAUUCAACUAUCAUUGGUUCAGAAGAUACCGAAACACCUAAAGGAACACCCAAUCAUCUUCCAAAACUGGAAGAUGUGACUAAUAACACAGAGAUGGAACCAAACCCUAAUGUCCCCUUGGAAGUUGAUAUAGUAAAAAGCCAGAGCUCACAAGUCUCAGGAGAUAAAAAACUUAGUUUUAGUCCUCCUGUUAUCAGAGAGCAGCCUGCCUACUUAAAUACAAGUCCAGGUAAAAGCAGACCAGCAGAAUUUCUGAAAAAUCAUAGAAAUGAAUAUAUACUGAAAAGGCGAAGUUUCCCGAUAUUUGACCAUACAAAAUCUGCUUUGGAUAAUGGGGAUAAUAAAGAGGAAAGUAGCUAUAUCUACAGCACUCUAAAUAGGAACAGAAUUAAACAACUGCCUAUUGUAACUCCUCCUCCAGAGGAUGCACUAAAAAUCUCUAAAAGCUUGCACAAUGUACCCAACCAUCUAGUAGAUGAUGCUAAAAACCUCAGGACUGAAGCAAAAGGCUCUUCUACUGCCAAGUCCAUCUCUGUUGCUGCUUUAGUUGAAGUGAGCAAAGAAGAACCUAGUAAAGAUGCCUCGCCAAAGAAAGAGAGCAAGCAUUCUCCAAAUUUCCUAAAGAAGGGAUCACAGAAGCUGAGAUCAUUGUUGAAUCUAACUCCAGACAAGAAAGAAAACUUGUCAAAAAGCAAAGCUCCUGCUUUUUACAGAAUGUGUAGCAGUUCCGACACUUUGGCAUCAGAAGACGAAGGGAAUCAAAAGCAAAAAGUGUCAGAGUUGAAAGCUGAAUCCUCUCCAAGAAAAAAGAGAAUGUCAUCCUCUAACUCACAAGGGAGUUUACAUAGGAGUAAAGAGGAUGUUACUUUGAGCCCAACAAAGUCCCCCAAGUCUCCCAAGCCCCCCAAAUCUCCCAAAUCCCCCAAGCCACCAAAGUCUCCCAAGUCUCCAAAAUCUCUAAAACCUCCAUCAGAUGAAAACCUUAAAAGAUGUCCUGUUGUAAAGCCCUUGGAAAAUAUGCUGUUAGAACCAGCAGGUGAUGCUUCAACACCCAGAUUUAACACCGAACAGAUUCAGUAUCAAGAUGUCAGAGCAACGUCCACAAACAAAACCCGGGCACCUGCCCAUGCUGCUGCUGCUGUUCUUCCACAAAGAGCCAGUACACAAAGGGCCAAUGCAGUGACAGUUAACCCUUCCAGCACAAAGCCUAAAGAUGAGCUAAUAAGAUCUCGCUUGAGUGAAAGGCGUGUUUACAGUCGCUUUGAGCCAUUCUGUAACAUGGAAAGUUCUGCUCAGCAGCUGGGAGGAACUCAGCCAGGAGGCAGCACACCAAAAAGCAGUACUCAACUCUCAGAGACAAAUAGCAAGACCUCCAGAAACAGUUAUUCAAGGAGCAAUCAGGUGGCUAAUUACAACCCUGGCUUAUACCAUCAAUUACACCCAAAUGAAAACAAAUUUCGGGGAUUUAUGCAAAAGUUUGGGAAUUUCAUAUACAAAAACAAAUAAACAUAGAUAUGGAACCUUUUUAAAAAACUAUCAAUGCUUUAGAUUGAUAGGCAGCUUUUGUAAAGCUUCACUAAAGUUACUGCAGGGUUUAGAUAACUGGUGCACAUGUACAUAACUUUACAAUAUCCAGAACUUUUGUUCUUCAGCUCAGGAUAAGUUUCAAAAUAGGAAGAUGUUUUAUGUAUUUGCAUUUUUUUAUGGAGUUUGAGAUGCAUUGGUUGGCUUACAGUACAAUAUGUAUGUUACAAUUCCUAAGAAUAGCAGCAAACCAAAGGAAGCACUGAAGACUGUAUAGCCAAGGAUAAAACCACUUGUAAUACUUUACAGCCUUUGUAUGCAAACAUUUUCAUGUACAAUACAUGCUCAUUUGUUGCCCUUUUUUUAACAUAGUCUUCCUGUCUACUCAAGGUUAUCCUUCGUGAGGGAAUGUCUCAUUUUCUGAACACUAGAUAUACUUUAUAUUUGUACCAGAAAGAACUAAACCAAGGUCACCCAUUAUACACACCGUAAGUCUAUGCAGUACAUUCCUACCCCUGUCAAAUAAGUCAGUUCCCUGUUCCUAAGGUAUUUAAAGUAUGUGAAAUGUGAUUGUGCAUGUAUCUCAAGCAGUGACUAGAUAUUCAUUAUGACAAUGGAGUGUAAACCACUGAGUAAAGUUUGAAGCCGUCCUCCAGCAAAAGAAGACAAUAUCCAACUGAAGUAGAUCUUAAGUGGAGGAAGGCUCUCUGAAGGAAUGGUUGGGCCCAUCCCAUUAUUGGUAACAGGCAAUUCAACUGUUUUAUAACCAUUAUGUGUACAUUCUUUUUAAUUUUAUUUUUAAAUGUUUGAAAUGGUUAUCAGAAAGGGUUUUACACUCAGUAAGCAUUGGCUUUCCCAAAAAAGUGCAAAUCAUUUGAGAGAAACCCACACAAUUUAACGCCUUCCAAACACCUUUUUGGCAGUACACGCAGACGUUUCACAGCCACAUGGAAAAGCACAUCAGGGAAAUGGCCCCCACCUGGUGCUAUGUGAAUGAAAAGAGACCCAUGUGAUCCCUCCCACAGAGCAGCAUGUCUGGUCCCCCCCCCCCCCAGCAACUACUCUUGUGAAUAUGGACAAAUUAUUAUGCUUAAUGGUUUUAAGACAGUGUGCUUCCUAUCUCAUGUUCUGGAAUACGCAUCCAACAUAAUUGUAAAAGGAUGGGGGAGACACCACAAAGAUUAAUUGCAGCAAGAGUGUUCUUUCUAGAGAUGGGCACGAUCCAAAAAAAAUUAACGAUCCAGCUGAUCAUGGAUUGGGGCCAGCAACGAUCCCAAAUAAACGAUCCACACCGAUCACCUCCCGUUCCCGAUCCGUGGAUCGUGGAGGGGCGCCCCGCUGUUCCCAGUGAUACAGGAACGGUGGGUGAUGCCGGCAGCACCUGUGUUUGUGUUUGGCUGUCAGAGCUGCCUAUCAGGGUUUGCAGGGAUGAGAUUGGAGUGCCCAUGGCUACAGAACACCCCCUUCCCCCUCACUCCCCUGGGUGUCUUCUCCCAACUGGUGACUGCUUUGCAGCUCCGUGGUUGGAAGGAAGCCCUGCUGAUCAAGGAAAGCUGGGCUUCCAUUCGGGUUUCCAGGGCGACAGAAGGAGGGCAAACACAGCUCAGGCAUUCCCCUGGCUCCGUUGCCAGGGGAAUAAAUUGCUGGCACCUGAGUGUCUGGAUCCCCGAUCCGAGCCCGAUCGCCUCAAUCCAGGCCCCUCCCAAUCGCUGGAUCGUUGGCCGUGGACGAUCACGAUCCACUGGGUCACGAUCGUGCGAUCGCCAUUAUGAGGUUUUUUUAUCGUAAUGCGGAUCGUGCCCAUCUCUAGUUCUCUCCUUCCAUUUUGCACUCAUUAUGUACUAUUGAGUUAGUAAAUUUUUCUCACUGGAUAAUGGCUUAUGGGAAUAAAAUGGAAAGAUGACCUUUAUGGAUGAGGAGCUUUUGCCUAAUAAUGUAGAAAAGCAUUCAGCCUAUGUUUAUUAACUGGAAUUGCCAACAGGCCUAGAGAAAAAAUGUCCUAUACCUUUAAUAGAGGCUUAAUGGAAUAUUAUUUACCUCCAUGUCUGAAAAGCUUCAGCUGCACAUUUCUGCACAUUAAGCCUCUGUUAAAGAGACAGGGCAUUUUUCUCCAGGUCUGUUGGCAACCCUAUCACUAACUCCCUGCAUUUAGACUUGUCAAAGAUUUCAAAGCAAAUUACAAUAAUGAACUACCUCUACAGUGAAGUGACAAGCUAUCUGUAAAUUGUGAAGCGUAAAAUUUCUAGAGAGAUGUAGUGCAUUCCUCUUCCAAUAGAUGAAUUGGGACAAACACUUUUUGUCUAAUAAGAGAACUGGAUGCUGAAAACAAUAAUCUUCAUCGUUUCCAGCAGCGCCCAAUUGCUUUCCACUACAAAGUUCUUCAUUUAGCAUUAGAUAUUAUUAUAUGUAUGCAGCUGUUGCCAAAAACAACCAUUUAUCUAGUUUUUUCCUCUUUCUCCACAAUUACUACAACUUUACCAUAUCCUUAUGUCAUACGGUAUGUUUCCUCAACCUAUGCCAGCAUAACAAAUGAUGUUCAAUAGGGAUGGGGAAGUUUACAACACUGAGAUGAUAGAGCAUGGAGAAGUUGUAUUGCCAUUUACCAGGGGUCAUUUCCUAGAAAAAGAACUGCAGGAACUCAUUAGCAUAUCUCAUUAGCAUAUGCCACACCCCCUGCCAUCACCAGAAGUGUGUCAGAAGGCAGUAUCCACUCCUCAGGCCCCUUUCCCCAAAAAUCUCCAGGUAUUUCCUUAAAGCAGAAUGAACUCAAAGUAGCUUACCCUCUUCUGGAGAGCCAGCCCUGCUUGCUUGCACGCAUGCACGCUCUCUCACAAGUCACAAAUGAAAAUAAAGCAGCAGAAUGAAUUCAAAGCAGUUUACAUUCCUUUGGAGCCCAGCCCCACUCAGCUUGCACUCACUCCUCUCUCUCUCUCCCACCAGUCACAAAUGAAAAUAAAGCAAGCAGCAGAGCAGAAUGACUUCUAAGCAGCUUACGUUCCUUUGGAGCCCAGCCCCACUCGGCUUUCACUCACUCAUUUUCUCUCUCUCUCCCACCAGUCACAAAUGAAAAUAAAGCAGCAGAGCCUGCUGCUAAAGACGAGGACAGCCAGAAGGAAAAGGAAUCACGUGGGUGGGGCCAAAACCCACGUGACUUCUUUUCAGAGCUACCAGAAUGCCAUUCCGGCGCAUUCUGCCUCCAAAUGAGCCCUGCCAUUUACAGCGGGCACCACGUGUAAUGUCUAAUUCCAGCAGUGGUAGACUGCAUGUACAAAAAUUAAUGUGCAUGUAAAGUAGGCUGUAUAAUGUUUAAAUAUGUUCUAAUAGACUUAAAAGCUGCCCCUUAAAAUACGUAAAAUGCUGAGAUAAUGUUUGUAGGUAGAGAUGGGCACAAACCAAAAUACGAACCAAAGUUCGUGAUGAACCAAGCCGGUUCAUGGUUCGCAAAUUGACAGUUCGUCAGAGCCCAUUUCUGAUGAACCGCCACGAACUGUAGGCUGGUUCUUUUUGGUUCAUCACUGCAGACAGCCUGGCUCUGAUCAAUCAGUUUCCUAGGCAACGGGCUGGACUUCCUGCAGACCUUCUGCUGACCCGGAAGUAGUCUUCUGCUGGCCCAGAAGUGACCUUCUGCUGACCCAGAAGUGACAGUUUGCUGACCUGGAUGUGAUAUUUUCAUGAACCAAAUGAACUGGUUCGUGAACUGGGGCAGUUUCAUGAAAGUUCUUGGUUCGUAAAAUAUAAUGAACCACAAACAGCAUGGUUCGGGGGGUUUUCCGGUUCGUGCCCAUCUCUAUUUGUAGGUAAAAUGGGGCUUACUCCUAGGAAAGCGUUCUUAGGAUUGCACUAUAAUUCUGAGUGAAAUCAGUAGGAUGUAUGUUUCAUUAACCCAGUUCAGAUGUCAGAAAUGCAAUUCUCUAAACCUUUGGAAGCUUGGAAAUAUGCCAGUUUCCUCCUACUCAUCCUCCAUCCUAUUUCACAUAUAUGAUCUCUUCAUUUCUUGAUUUUCUCUAACAAUAGUUUAUCAUGAUGUCUGAAUUAACUUGCAAACUAGCUUUAAAUCAAGGUUCAAGUAAUAGCAAGAAACAGACUAUCGUUUCUUGGUUCAUACAUCAUGCAAAAACCAGGAAGAGGAAACCUGAAAAUCCUGGCCCUGUGUCAUGUUUCUCAGAUUCAGAGUCAUGGUUUAUACUUUACAGGAAUGAGUUUGUGAUGUUUGAACUGGGCCAUUGUGCACUGAACCACACCUUACUGCCUUUUCAGCAUUUAAGCAUUCAAAAGAGUGAAAAGUAAUUUUAUUUUAGCAAAUGAGAAUUGGGAUGAUAUUCAUCCAAAUUUAAGCACUUUUAAAUCCCUCUGAUACACUCAAGCGCAAACUGAACUCUUCAUUUGCAGUCCAAGUAAUUGAAAAUUACUGACCUUUGGCUGAAUAAUGUUCUUAACUUUUAAAACUAAUUUUGAAUGCUUCUUAGCUGUUUAUGUGAUUUUAUCCAAGAGGGGCUAUUGAUUUGUAAGAUCAAAAUAAUAAACAGUAAACCUACCUUACUUUUAAAAAAAAAUACUAUUUGUUUGUUUGGUUGCUUUUCUUUUUUUGCAAAUCUUUUGAUUCCUCAAAGUUGUCUUCUGAAAUGUUAGUGCCAUACUUAUUGUUUACACUGUCUAUGUAGAUUUUUUUAAAAAAAAUAUAUUGUUUCAGUGGCAGCUGCCACCACAGUGUGGGUUUUGUUUCCUAUCUCACAUUCUCUCAGUGUAAAGGUAUGUAAGGUAUGUAAAGCCCCGUGGCACAGAGUGGUAAGCUACAGUACUGCAGCCCAAGCUCUGCUCACAACCUGAGUUCGUUCUGGGCGGAAGCCAGGUUCAGAUAGCUGGCUCAGGGUUGACUCAGCCUUCCAUCCUUCUGAGGUCGGUUAAAUGAGUACCCAGUUUCCUGGGAGUAAAGUGUAGAUGACUGGGGAAGGCAAUGGCAAACCACCC